AUGCUGCAAGGUCAAGACCUUCCAAAGGGCCUAAUAGAUUUACAAGAUUUACAAGGUCGAGACCUUCCAAAGGGCCUAAUAGAUUUACAAGGUCGAGACCUUCCAAAGGGCCUAAUAGAUUUACAAGGUAGAGACCUUCCAAAGGGCCUAAUAGAUUUACAAGGUCGAGACCUUCCAAAGGGCCUAAUAGAUUUACAACGUCUAGACCUUCCAAAGGGCCUAAUAGAUUUACAAGGUCUAGACCUUCCAAAGGGCCUAAUAGAUUUACAAGGUAGAGACUUUCCAAAGGGCCUAAUAGAUUUACAAGGUCGAGACCUUCCAAAGGGCCUAAUAGAUUUACAAGGUCUAGACCUUCCACAGGGCCUAAUAGAUUUACAAGGUCGAGACCUUCCAAAGGGCCUAAUAGAUUUACAAGGUCGAGACCUUCCAAAGGGCCUAAUAGAUUUACAAGAUUUACAAGGUCGAGACCUUCCAAAGGGCCUAAUAGAUUUACAAGGUCGAGACCUUCCAAAGGGCCUAAUAGAUUUACAACGUCUAGACCUUCCAAAGGGCCUAAUAGAUUUACAAGGUAUAGACCUUCCAAAGGGCCUAAUAGAUUUACAAGGUAGAGACCUUCCAAAGGGCCCAAUAGAUUUACAAGGUCUAGACCUUCCAAAGGGCCUAAUAGAUUUACAAGGUAGAGACCUUCCAAAGGGCCUAAUAGAUUUACAAGGUAGAGACCUUCCAAAGGGCCUAAUAGAUUUACAAGGUCGAGACCUUCCAAAGGGCCUAAUAGAUUUAUAA